UGUGCGGGCGUCUCCGCCAUCUUGUGAGUCUAUAACUCGGAGCCGUUGAGUCGGUUCCUGCUAUUCCGGCGCCUCCACUCCUUCCCCCGCGGGUCUGCUCUGUGUGCCAUGGACGGCAUCGUCCCAGACAUAGCAGUUGGUACAAAGCGGGGAUCUGACGAGCUCUUCUCUACGUGUGUCACCAACGGGCCCUUUAUCAUGAGCAGCAACUCGGCCUCUGCAGCAAACGGAAACGACAGCAAAAAGUUCAAAGGUGACAACAGGAGCGCUGGCGUCCCCUCCAGAGUAAUCCACAUCCGAAAGCUGCCUGGCGACGUUACCGAGGGCGAGGUGAUCUCCCUUGGGCUGCCCUUUGGGAAGGUCACCAAUCUCCUGAUGCUGAAGGGGAAGAACCAGGCUUUCAUCGAGAUGAACACGGAGGAGGCGGCCAACACCAUGGUGAACUACUAUACCUCAGUGACGCCUGUACUGCGUGGCCAGCCCAUCUACAUCCAGUUCUCCAAUCACAAAGAACUCAAGACCGACAGCUCCCCGAACCAGGCGCGGGCGCAGGCAGCACUGCAGGCUGUGAACUCAGUCCAGUCGGGGAACCUGGCCCUGGCUGCGUCGGCUGCCGCCGUGGAUGCGGGGAUGGCGAUGGCUGGGCAGAGCCCUGUGCUCAGGAUCAUUGUGGAGAACCUCUUCUACCCUGUGACCUUGGAUGUACUGCACCAGAUCUUCUCCAAGUUUGGCACCGUCUUGAAGAUCAUCACCUUCACGAAGAACAGCCAGUUCCAGGCGCUGUUACAGUACGCCGACCCUGUGAGCGCCCAGCACGCCAAGCUGUCUCUGGAUGGGCAGAACAUCUACAACGCCUGCUGCACGCUGCGCAUUGACUUCUCCAAGCUUACCAGCCUCAAUGUCAAGUACAACAACGACAAGAGCCGCGACUAUACACGCCCAGACCUGCCCUCUGGUGACAGCCAGCCCUCGCUGGACCAGACCAUGGCCGCGGCCUUCGGUGCACCUGGUAUAAUCUCAGCCUCUCCGUAUGCAGGAGCUGGUUUCCCUCCCACCUUUGCCAUUCCUCAAGCCGCAGGCCUGUCUGUCCCCAAUGUGCAUGGAGCGCUGGCGCCCUUGGCCAUUCCCUCUGCGGCGGCGGCAGCAGCGGCAGCAGGUCGCAUCGGCAUCCCAGGCCUGGCGGGGGCCGGGAACUCUGUCCUGCUGGUCAGCAACCUUAAUCCAGAGAGAGUCACACCCCAAAGCCUCUUUAUUCUUUUCGGCGUCUACGGUGAUGUGCAGCGGGUGAAGAUCUUGUUCAACAAGAAGGAGAACGCGCUGGUGCAGAUGGCGGAUGGCAGCCAGGCCCAGCUGGCCAUGAGCCACCUGAAUGGGCACAAGCUGCACGGGAAGCCAAUCCGCAUCACAUUGUCGAAGCACCAGAACGUGCAGCUGCCGAGGGAGGGCCAGGAGGACCAGGGCCUUACCAAGGACUAUGGCAACUCGCCCCUCCAUCGCUUCAAGAAGCCUGGCUCUAAGAACUUCCAGAACAUCUUCCCGCCCUCUGCCACACUGCACCUCUCCAACAUCCCGCCCUCAAUAUCCGAGGAAGACCUCAAGAGCCUCUUCUCCAGCAAUGGGGGUGUGGUGAAGGGCUUCAAAUUCUUCCAGAAAGACCGCAAGAUGGCGCUGAUCCAGAUGGGCUCAGUGGAGGAGGCCGUGCAGGCCCUCAUUGAUCUGCACAACCACGACCUGGGCGAGAACCAUCACCUUCGGGUGUCCUUCUCCAAGUCCACCAUCUAGGGUGGGCCUGUGGCCAGGCGCCAUGGCGCCAACUUCCGUCAUUCCAGAAAAAAGCCACUUUAAAAAGCAGCUGAAGUGACCUUAACAGACCAGAGAUUUUAUUUUUUUAAAGAGAAAUCAGUUUACCUGUUUUUAAAAAAAUUAAAUCUAGUUCACCUUGCUGACCUUGCGGUGACGUGACAGCUCAGGCUCCCAGGGGCGGCGGCAGGGGUCUUCACUGCCCCAGCGUGGCGGGCCCAUGGGAGGGCACCCAGAUCACAGUCUGCUCUCGCGUGCCUUAACCUGCCUGCCUCGGCCACACCACCUGCAGGCCAAGUCAGGCCAGGCCAGGCUCUCGCCUGGCAGCCACCAAGCAGCCUCCGGCUCCCUCCCACGAGAUCAUGUGCCCAGUGCUGGGUGGGAGCCUGCUGGCCAAGGCCGGUUGACCCCCCCACCCCACUUAAUCAAGUGAUGGAUCAAGUGAUUCUCCCCUGCCCAGCCCCCCAGGUGCCGCGGCGCCUCGCCCGGCCAGGCCCAGAGGGCACCGACCUGCUGCCUCAGCUGUGGAGCCCUCAUUGUAAUCUCUGUAUCAUACUCUGGCUGCAGAUGCUGUGCCUAGCAAUAUCCAGUUGACCAAAUAUUCUAAUCUUUUUUCAUUUAUAUGCAAUAGUUUUAAGUAACUUUUUAUAGCAAGAUGAUACAAUGGUAUGAGUGUAAUCCAUGCUUCUCGUAUUACUUUGUAUGCUGUACUUUUAUUUUAUUCCUUGUAAUUAAUGAAGUCACAGGCAGGAUCCGGUCUCCAGCGCUGGCGACGCCCGGCACUCAGGAACCUGAGGCCAGGAGCCAGGUUUCCUCGCAGGACCUGGGCUGGCGCCCGCCUUCCUCCACCUGCAGUUGCCUUAUCCAGCUCCACUUGCAAUCUGCCUAGACAAACAGUGCGGGCUGUUUCAGGGUGUUUCCUUUUCCUUCAAAUUUUGGACCAAAGUUUUAUUUCUGUUUCUUGUCUGCCUCUGGUGCUGGGGCCCAGGCGGUGGGACCAGCGUCCAGCCCACUGCACUCUCCACCACCCUCUGGGUCGCCCCAGCAGCAGGCAGGGGUCUCCUUGGAUCCUGAGUUCCUUAGCGGAGUGUAACAAGGGUGUAAAUAUUUGUGAUUUUUUUAUACCUGUUGUCAGACACGGAGGCAGCGCGUUGCAGUUUUUUACGGUGACAGAUGUAUAUUUUGAUAACGGCGGUUACCGGCUCAGUGUUGCACACAGCAAGCCGAGGCCACACAUUCCACUCGCCCGUCCCGAUGGCUUGUAACGGGAAGAACUGAUUAAAACUUUUAUAACAAACUCCAGCCUUUCCUGUAGACCUUUCUUGCUGUUCACAUUGUAGAAGGCAGUCAGCCAGUCUGUACCUGGACUUUGAAUAAAUUUCUAUGUCCUGCG